AUGGGUAACUCCAUCAAUCGUCAGGGUCAUAAGGGGGCUUGUGCGGUUGUCCAACCAGCCCUUAAGACAGCGACUUGCAUCGAUGGACGAUCUGAGAGCCCCCUGCCUCUGGGUAGCACUGAUUUGCUUGCAAGGCGUAAAGCCAACAACCAUCAGGGUUAUAAGGAGGCUUGUGUGGUUUCUCUUCCGAUCAACGAAGAUGCAAGCUUGCCUGCUACGAGCCCCUUACCUACGAGCAGCCCGGACAUCCUCGAAAAGCAUCAGGACAACAAACCUCAGCUCCAAAGAAAAAGACGUGCCGUGUCCUCUUCUACAGCACGAGCAAUGUCCCACAGAGUCAACAAACCUCGAAAUCCUCCACCGCAAUAUGCAUCUACUACUGCAAAGAAGAUUGCGAGGGCAUACAGGAAGAUUAAACCCUCAGACGAUAGUUACUUCAUCAUCUGUUCUCCCUCCAAAGCUCGUGUUUCCCGAAAGCGUAUCAUAAAUCUACCCGUCCUCAAUAAACCGCCGCGUCAAAUAGUUUUGUCCUCUUCCUUAGCUCCUCACUUCAUUUUUGAAACCCACUCUUUCGAUAUUAACCCGCCCACGCCAACCUUUACAAAACUUUGUGAAGUCAUUGAAACUCUUCAUGCUAUGGCUAAAUAUCGUCCCUGUAAUAAAAGAAACGCCAACCGACUCAAUGGAACUUAUGCCCGAAGAACAGAUCUCACACCUGCCCAAUCAGCUCACGAUGAUACUCUUUGGGCGAAACUUCAAUCAUUCAACAAAUUCCUUUCUCAACGGAUGGAAGCCAUUUCCCACAGUGCCUACCAACAAAACAAGGAGUUGAUGAAUAAACGUGGCAUCCCUAACUGGUCUCAGGAGGAAUGGGCGGAAAUGCGUAAGGAGGAUCAAAUUGAAUUCCAGUUUGCCUCGAACGUUUCUGUCACCUACAACGAUUUUUACAACAAGCCGCAUCAAGACAAAAAGGACAUCAACGGCUGGACAUAUGGUAUUUUUGCUUAUGUUGACCUUGAAACAGGCAAACCUAUCCCUCCCCCUUCUACAGAAUUGGGACAUGGCUUCUUAUUUCCUCGUCAUGCUUACCUGAUAGACUUUGUUAAGUCUAGUGGCAUCAUGGAGCUUGUUUGGCAAACUACCAAAUUUGAACACUGCACCACCAUACCUCCUCCAUCCCUACGAAAGCAAAAGGGACGCACCUGGACACACCAGGGAUGUUCUUUUCAAAUUAACAAAGACCUUGCUAAAGUUGCUCAGGAAUUAAAAGAUGCUUCUCCACAAUUUGUAGAAAAAAAAACCUUAUGCAAGAAACAAAAAUACGGUGCUUAA